AUGGACCCAGAAGACCCUAUCAGCAUAUUUGCUGAUAUGAAAUUAAACUCAGAUGACUUCUUUCAAAUCCUCGAAACUCACCGCAAAAGUUGCCAAAGAGAAGGCCGCUAUGAUGAAGCUGAACUAACUCGUUUACGAAUCUUAGAAUUGCGAGCUCAUGAAGAAAAAGCCAAAAAAGAUUAUCUCCAAGCAAAGCACCAAGCUGAAAAAGCAGGCCUUGUUGAAGCCCAUAAAAUGGAAAUAGAGAAAUUAAAUGAAAUUUGGGAAACCGAUCUUAUGCCCAGAUUUGAAGACAGUGUAAGAAGUGCAGUUAUAGAACUCAGAGACAAACAUAGAAGAGAAAUGGAAGAACUUAGAGACAGAAAAGAAAGAGAAAUAGAAAAAAUAAAGCAGCAUCCUCCUUCAGAAAUACUUAAUCUUAGAAAAAGAGUUGACUCGUUAGCGUCUGCUGGAGAAUAUAUGGCUGCAAAGAAAAUCAAAAUGAACUUAAUUGAGGCUGAAAGUGGCUGGCAAGGGAAAAUUGAUGGGAAGUUAAAGGAUAAAUGAGCUGAAAAUAUAGAAAAAUUAAUAGAAAAACAAGAAAAAGAGCUUAACUCACUGCUGGAUAAGCUUGAAAAGUAAUUGAUAAAUAGACAAAGACAGCUAAAAAAAGCCCAGUGGGACAAAGAGAUUGAAAUUUUGAAAAAAAGAUAUAACAACGUAAGAAAUGACCUUAUAAACCAGCAGAAAAUCGAAAAGCAAAAACUCGUCAAAGAAUUCAGCGUAAAAAGACAAGCAAUGGAAAGCAUCACUAAAAAGCCGAAAAAACCAGCAAAUCUGAGGUAA